AUGAGCGAUCAAAAUAACAAGGCGAUGGGCCGUCUCACCCAGCUUAGUGACUUCCUCACAGGUAACAGGACUGCUAGUACAAUCCCUUUUGAUCCAAACUGUACGAAGUUUCCAGCCAGGAAAGAUGUUCCAAGAAGAGCGGAUGCUCCGGAAGGAGCUGCCUGGGUAUGGGGACAAAAUGACUACGUAGGGAGGAUUAAUCUCCUCACCCCAACAAGAGUCCAAGCUGCCUCGAAGGAAAUCAGAACUGGAGACAUCGUGCCUCUCAAUCUGCCACUGAACGUACCCAACGUUCCAGCUUUCGCUCGAGAGGAAUUCAAGCACGAGAUCAAGUCAAUAGCCGAUGGACUUGCCUAUGAUGACAAGUACCAGCUUAAUACGCAAUCUGGGACUCAAUGGGAUGGCUUCCGACACAUAGCUCAUAUACCAUCUGCGACAUUCUACAACGGAACGACGGGGGCUGACAUCGACGGCCCUAUCCCGGACCCUCAGAAAUGCGGAAUUCACCACUGGGCUGAGCAUGGUAUAGCGGGUCGUGGAAUUCUGCUUGACUACUGGACCUACGCCAAUGAGCACGGGAUUGUCUAUGACCCAUAUGACUACUACCAGAUCUCAUUCUCCGAGCUUCAGGCCUGUGGCAAAGCCCAGGGAAUCGACAUCCGCCCCGCCUCUCAAGGUGGAGACAUUCAAAUCGGCGAUAUACUCUUCAUCCGCUCUGGCUUCGUCUCAACCUACUACACCAAAACUCCCGACGCCCACGCAGCAGCAGCUCUCCGCCCCCACGCCGCCGGCAAGGGAGAUGGGCAGCGAUGGGCUGGCGUUAAGCAGGAAGAGGCCAUCAUCGACUGGCUGCACGACUCUUACUUUGCGGCUGUAGCUGGUGAUGCGCCGGCCUUUGAAGCCUGGCCGAGUCACGAGGAGUAUAUGCUGCACGAGUAUAUCUUGGCGCUCUGGGGCAUGCCUCUGGGUGAAAUGUUUGAUCUGGAGAAGCUGAGUAGGACUUGUAGGGAGAAGGGACGGUGGACUUUCUUCGUGACGAGCGCGCCGAAUAACUGCGAGGGUGGUGUUUCCAGCCACGGAAACGCGCUGGCGAUCUUUUAG